GACUACUUGCUGUCAAUGAUCGGUUAUGCAGUGGGUUUCGGCAAUGUCUGGAGAUUCCCUUACCUGGCUUACAGAAAUGGAGGAGGUGCAUUUCUUAUUCCCUACACAUUCAUGCUGGCACUCGCUGGAAUUCCGAUGUUUUUCUUGGAAUGUUCCUUUGGUCAGUUUGCCAGCCUUGGACCUGUUGCAGUGUGGAAAGCCGUGCCAAUGUUACAAGGUGUGGGGAUUGCUAUGGUCCUUGUGAUGACAUUUGCCAACAUUUCCUACAACUGCAUCCUCGCCUACAGCCUGUACUAUUUCUUCGCCUCCUUCCAAUCCCUCCUGCCGUGGGCAGACUGCUUCAGUUGGUGGGGUGCAGAUGAAACAUGCAGCAGGACUCCCAAAGAUCCGCUCUGCAAUCUCACUCUGGGUGAUGGAUAUUUUGAAAUCGUGAACACAACAUGGCUGCAUGUAAACAAUGGAACUUGUCCAAUUGGAUCAGAAAUCAAUGUUCCUCACCAAGGUCCAAGUGAGCAAUACUGGGAUAAAGUGGUUUUACGACGUACCAGUUCAAUGGAUGAGACUGGGGAGAUAGUCUGGUAUUUAGCUCUCUGUCUGCUUCUGGCACGGCUGAUUGUUGGGGCAGCAUUAUCGAAAGGAAUCAAAUCUUCAGGAAAGGUGGUUUAUUUCACUGCGACAUUCCCCUAUGUGGUUCUGACCAUACUCCUGAUCCGAGGUGUUACCCUGGAGGGAGCCAAUAAAGGAAUUGAUUUCUACAUUGGAAGCCAGUCAGACUUCUCCAAACUGGCUGAUGCUGAGGUCUGGAAAGAUGCUGCGACGCAAAUUUUCUUUUCACUCUCAGUAGGUUGGGGCAGUUUAAUAACACUGUCAUCCUACAACAAAUUCCACAACAACUGUUACAUAGAUACCAUCAUUGUCUGUGUUGUUAAUUGUGCUACGAGUGUGUUUGCUGGAUUUGCCAUCUUCUCCAUCCUUGGACACAUGGCUCAUGUACAAGACAGGCCUGUUUCAGAAGUUGCACAGUCAGGUUUCAGUUUGGUUUUCAUUGCCUACCCAGAAGCUCUUACGCAGUUGCCCUGGGCACCUUUCUGGUCCAUUUUAUUUUUCCUCAUGAUGAUCACUCUGGGGCUCGACACUCAGUUUGGAGGUUUAGAAACAAUUUUCACAGCUCUGCUGGACCAGUUCCCUAAGUUUCUACGAUCAAAGCGUCUUUACCUGAUAAUUGGUGUUUGUUUCUUAUUUUAUUUCCUUGGCCUUCUAUUUGUGACACAGGCUGGGAUUUACUGGUUAAAUGUAGUGGAUCAUUUCUGUGCUGGAUGGGUUCUCAUUAUAAUAGCUCUGUUGGAGCUCAUUGGUCUAAGCUGGAUCUAUGGGGUAAACAGAUUCAUCAGGGACAUUGAGAUGAUGAUUGGGGAAAGGAAUUGGCUCUUCUGGCUGUGGUGGAGACUGUGUUGGAUUUUUAUCUCUCCAUGUUUGCUGGCAGCAGUCUUAAUGUGGUCAUUAGCAACAUUCACCCCACCAACAUAUGGACCUGUUGAGUACCCUGUCUGGGCAACAGCACUUGGCUGGUGUAUGAUAAUCUUCUGUAUUAUGUGGAUCCCCAUUAUUGCCAUUGUGAGAGUUGUCAAAGCUGAGGGCUCCACCUUGUGCCAGAAAAUUUCUGCCGCUUGCACAUCAGCUCCUGAUUGGGGUCCGUACUUGGAACAACACAGAGGGAAAAGAUAUGGAAAGAGGCCUGAUUCUACACAAGCCUCCAACCGAGUGAAACUUCUAGCCAUUCCUGAGAUGUGAAGAUUUAAGACAAAAUUUUUGUUCAAUUUCUAAACAGUGGCCCUGAAAACCCACUGCUGUUCUGGUAUACUCUCACUAUAACUUCUAUGAGAGUUUUCCAGAACAGUCAACUCCACUGGAGGCGUGCCUGCCCACUCCCAUUCCUGCAACCACCCCACCCCCGCCCCCCGGCCCCCCACCAAAAGGGGGGAAAUUUUUCCUAAGAAUCCCUCAUUCUAAUUUAGAAGAAUUUUUUCAUAAUCGGUCGAAAUCUGUGCUAUAAUCUGUAAUGCUGCACUGUGCAUGAUAGGUUCAGUGUGCUUUAAUUAAAUUAGAACAAGCUCAAACAAGCCUCAAGAGCAUCAGUGUUGAACUAUGAAACUUAAAUUAUCUUAUUAAUAUUUUCCAUCUAACAGUGUACCAUAUAGUGGUAACUGCCAGUAUAAACAUGGCACCUGCAUGUUGGUGAAGAGCUACCCAAAUUCAGUUCUCAGGUCUAUGGGUUAAACAUAAAACUGUAUUUAAUUAAAAACACAGGGAUAUCAGUCACAGAUAAUUGGAACUAUUUAAUGUUUAGGAAUUUCAAUGAAUUUCUUCCUCGAUAAACAGGAAAAUAAGGAAAACAUGAUCAAAAGUUUUCACUGUUAAAGUAAAGCUGCAGUGUUAGAAAACAUGGAGCUAAUAGAACAACCCCUGUUGUGAUCUUAUCUUGUAACAGGCGUAUGAUGCAAAUCAUUAAACAGGACAUUCCCCCAACUAACCUUUCCGAGAGGAAGCUACUGGUACAUCUGUGCAGAUUAUAACUCUUUCGGUGUCAACUAAUUAAACUAAAUUAACGAAAUGAGGGACAAAAUAAACACAGCCACUAAAUUAGGGAACUGCAAAACCAAAGACAAAAUUUAAAGGAAACUUACAAA